AUGGAGAUGAUAACAUGUGGAAUUGGAAAAACGACAUUGCCUCACAAUUGGAACGCGGUUUUGCUGCGUGACCAUGUCAUGCAAGAAAUUGGUGGGAAGAAGUUUCUGCUUGUUUUGGAUAAUGUUGGUUUUUUAGAUCAUGCAAGUUUGAGAAUGAAGUGGGUUGAUCUAAAAAGUCUGCUACAAUAUGGAGCUAAAGGGAGUAAGGUUCUCAUCACUACACCUGAUAAAAAAGUUGCUCAAAUUAUGGAUUCUGUUAACUCUUACAAGCUUGAGGGUUUAACAAAAGAAGACUCUUGGGUUCUGUUUCAGAAGAUUGCUUUUACACAGUACCAGGAACCAGGUGUGGAGGCAAUUGGGAUGGAGAUUUCAAAUAUGUGUCCAGAUAUGCCCCUUGUUAUACGGAAUGUAGCUAGUAUCUUAGCAAGCAAACGUACAGUUCAUGAAUGGCAGGCAUUCAGAGAUGAACAGUUUGCAGAUUUUGCACGUUGUGAUGUAUGA